UGCAGUCAGGUAAAACCCGAAAGGUAAGUUGCGGGCAGAAGGAGGGGCACAUCCAGAGAGUACUUGGGGGCAUAGACUUUUGCGAAAGGACCAGCAACUGUUGAAGAACAAUAAGAAGAAAAGGAAGCGAACAAUACAGGAUAUAUAUUUUUAUUUCUUCCAGAGUGAAAACAUGGGAUUUUCACUUAACUUGAAAACUAUUUUUAUGUUUGUAAUCUCAUGGUCGCUAAUGGCAUUGGUGACUGCAGGCGCGGUGCCUUCACCCACAACAAGCAACACUCCAUCUCAACAUCCAGCACAGAAACCAACACGCGAAUCUCCUUACUCGUUUCCUGAGCCCGAGAAAACGAAUUUCCCCAUGUUUACUGUAAAUUAUCCUCGUGUUCAGAUUCCGUUCGAGAUAACAUUAUGGGUGCUACUUGCUUCAUUUGCCAAAAUAGGUUUCCAUGUGUACCAUAAAAUUACAAUAUGGAUACCAGAGUCAUGCUUGCUGAUUGCUGUUGGGCUUAUAGUGGGAGCUAUCAUGCACUCGGUACAUGAGAUGCCUCCAGCUGUCCUCACCUCCAGUGUCUUCUUCCUCUACAUGUUGCCACCCAUCGUUCUGGAUUCAGCCUACUUCAUGCCCACUCGGGCCUUUUUUGAGAAUGUGGGCACAGUGAUGUGGUUUUCUGUCGUGGGGACCUUGUGGAACUCUAUUGGCAUUGGUGUGUCUCUUUUCGGGAUCUGCCAGAUCCCAGCCUUUGGUAUUCAGGAUAUCAACUUACAAGAAAACCUUUUGUUUGCCUCCAUUAUUGCGGCUGUGGACCCUGUGGCAGUGCUAACUGUGUUUGAGGAUGUCAACAUCCAUGAGCAGCUUUACAUUGUGGCAUUUGGCGAGUCCUUAUUUAAUGAUGCCGUCACUGUGGUACUUUAUAAUCUCUUUAAUCAUGUGGCAAGCUUGCCAGCGCUGGAUGCGACAGAUGUGUUUCUGUCUGUGGCACGCUUUUUUGUGGUAGGCUUUGGAGGAAUGUUCUUUGGGUUCCUGUUUGGCUUUGUGGCAGCUUUUACUACACGUUUUACAUGGAAGGUGAGAGAGAUUGAGCCUCUCUUCAUUUUCAUGUACAGCUACCUGGCCUACCUGCUGGCUGAGCUGCUAUCACUUUCUAGCAUCAUGGCCAUUGUGACCUGUGCCUUGACCAUGAAGUAUUAUGUGGAAGAAAAUGUUUCUCAGCGCUCAUGCACUACUAUACGACACUCCAUCAAAAUGCUUGGCACUGUGUCAGAAACACUUAUAUUCUUCUUUCUUGGUGUUGUUACUAUAACAACAGACCAUGAGUGGAACUGGGGUUACGUACUAUUUACUCUGCUCUUCGCUCAACUUUGGAGGACUCUAGGUAUCCUGGUAUUGACACAGAUUAUUAAUCCCUUCCGCACCAUCCCCUUCAAUUUCAAAGACCAGUUUGGUCUGGCCUAUGGUGGCCUUAGAGGGGCUGUAUCAUUUGCAUUAGCUUUCACACUUCCAGACACAAUUCUUCGCAAAAAACUUUUUGUCACCACCUGCAUUGCUGUCAUUAUCUUCACAGUCUUCAUCCAGGGUAUCAGUAUAAGGCCAAUUAUUGAACUGAUUAAUGUUAGAAAGACAAAUCGGGGUCUCUGCUCUAUUAACGUUGAGAUUCACAAAAGGUUGAUGGAACAUACAAUUGCAGGAAUAGAGGAUCUCUGUGGACAGUGGAGCCACCAUUCAUUGAAAGACAGGUUUAUGAGGUUUAAUAACCGUUUCCUUCGUAAAAUAUUGAUCCGUGAUGACCGGCCUGAGUCGAGCAUUGUGGCUCUUUAUAAAAAGCUGGAGCUUCAAAAUGCUAUGGAGAUCUUGGACACAGUAUCUGGUGACAUUAGCACAAAACAAAUCAUAUCCCUGGAUGAGGAGAACAAGCCUGAUAAACCCAGGAAAACACUUCUGACAACAGAUCUGAUAGCCAUGCAUGAUAUUUUGUCAAAGAAUAUGUACAAGAUCAGAGAACGGACUGUGUCCUAUACCAAUAAACAUGCCCUCCCUAAUGAAACCCAAAACAGAGAGAUCCUGAUGAGACGACACACCAGCCUCCGACACAGUCUUAGAACUAGAAGACUCCAAAGCAUGGAGGAUGCAGGGGCUCUAAAAUAUUUUUCUCUUCCUGUGGGUCAAAGUCUGAACUCCCGAUUUGCUACAGAGAGAAGAAACGCCAAUGAGGAAGUUGACAUUGUGAUAAAACCUAGCUACCCAUCAUCCAGGCCCAGAUCUAGGCAGCCUGCACGUACCCUCUCCAUGCCAAUGGCACCUCUCAGGAGGCUGGAGCCUUUUGUGGAGACCAGUGUAGAUGAUAUAAAUGAGGAACAGAAGCAGUAUGGCUCAUUAAGCCUCAGCUCCACUUCUUCCAAGGUCUCAAAUCCACAUCGGCAUAUCCACCACAGGACCAGAGACUAUGAGCCAGAAAUAGAAGAGCAGCAGGCUGUAUCUCCCCCUACAACAUGGAGGCCAGAGCUUCCUGAGCAAGACACCAGUGAGGCACGAAACCCUCUGCUACGGAGACCUCAGUGGAAGCCAUAGGAUCAAAAAAGCCAGCAAAAGCAAAAUUCAUGUCGCAUGUUAACCAAAUUAUGUGGCUGAAACAUACACUACUGUUCCUACAGUAAAUAAAAAACAGAAUAACUGGAUUAAGACCGAAAUGGAAUGACUUUUAUUUAGGACCCGUUUUACUGGAUUGUUAAACAUUCACAGCAUGUAGAAACCUGUAGAAUACCAAAGUAUUCAAAAUGCGUCAUUAAUAAUGUUGGUACUACUUCUGCUGCUCAUUAUAUAGCAUUUUGACUGGCCUUUAUUCAUCAAAGUUGAAGUGGAAAUGAGCUCAGCUUUUAGUGAAUGGACUGUUAACUGUUGUACAUAAUCGAACAAAGCAGUCAUUUAAGCAAAGUUGUUGAAUAUUAGCUGAGUGAAAAAAGAUUCAUGUACACUAAUGCUUCAUUUUUGUGUCAUAUACACAUGAUAUCCCCAAUUUACUCUGCAAAAACACUGAGAAGUGGCCAUAGCUAGAGCAUAUUAACUUUCAACGAAAAUGAUGAACAAAACAAACACACCUUCAACAUAGAAAUGAUUAACAAAGCACAAAGUGAGUUUUGCAAAAACCAUGGUGGUCCCCAAAUUUGCACCCUGCUGAAAACUGAAUUGAGGAAAGGAAGUCACCACACCACAAGUUUAUGACGAAGCUUGCACUUGUACUGCAUGAAGGCAUGGACAAAAAUUCUUUCAUCAUCAACUUUUGAUGAGUAAAGCUACCAUGGAAAUUACUGAACUGUAUUUUCUUUUAAAUCAUCAGUGCACAGAUUGAUUUUCCACAUCAGUUCAUUUAGUUUUUUUUUUUAAUAGUUUUUCUCAGUUCAGAAAUUGAAUUUUAAAAACCUCCACAUCAAGUAGUCACUUGCACACAUCAUAAAAGCAUUUUUUGUUAUACCGGUUCUCACCUAAAUAGUCUUAAUCCCCAAAGCAUCUAGGCAUUCGAUCAUUGCAUAAAUUAUUGAAUGGAAAAUGGUUAAACCUGUUGUCAUAAUCUGUCUUACAUUUCUAUUAAACUUUUUUCGUUUUCUUUUUA